CGUUUGCAUAGACGCAGUGUGGAUAAUCCAUAGCCAACGAAACCAGAGGCCCGUCCGUCACCCCCCCUUGCUCUCUGCGCCACAAAUCCACAAACCCUCUCUCUCAUGGCGUCUUGAAUCGGAGUCACCUCUCAUGGUGGUCGUGGUGGUUAUGGUCAUGAUGAUCACUCACUUCAUCACAUCCACACUAGUUUGCUUCUUCUAUCGCUCUUGAUAUUCGUAAUGGAGGCCGCACAACGUCGUCGUUUGUCAAUCAUCGCUUCUCAUCUUCGCCCAAUCACCUCUGCUUCCGAACAACCAAAGAUUUCCUCGUCAAUAGUCUCCCCCUCCCUUUGCGAUUCUUCUUCUGAUUCUGAUAAACACUGCAAUCUCGUCACUGAUUGUGUUUUCUGUAAGAUUAUUCGAGGCGAAGCACCUGCUUUAAAGCUAUACGAGGAUGAUGCAUGCCUAUGCUUUUUGGACACCAAUCCCGUGAGCCCUGGGCACUGCCUUAUUAUUCCACGAUGCCAUUUUCCAUCUCUGGUGACAACUCCCCCAUCUGUGGUAGCUGCCAUGUGUUCAAAAGUCCCCUAUAUUAGCAAGGCAGUCAUGAAAGCCACUAAUUCUGACUCGUUCAACUUGUUAGUCAAUAAUGGCGUGGAUGCAGGCCAAGUUAUAUUUCAUACACACAUCCAUAUAAUACCUCGGAAGGCACGAGACUGCUUAUGGGCUUCUGAGAGCUUGCAGAGGCAUCCCCUAAAGCAAGACCAAGAAGCCUUGCAUCUUGUUAAUAACAUUAGGCAGCAUUUGUCAUUUGUGGAUGGGUUUGAAGAUAGCAAAGAUCAUGGAACCACUCUCAUUGGGGGCUAAUUCAUGGGGUUGGAUUUCCUUAUUUGUAAUUUUAUCCAAAUAUUUUACUUUUUAUUUUUAUAUUUUAUUUUUAAGAAGUUGAUUGUACAAAUUGGAGAAAUGAGUUGCAGUUUGUUUUUUCUAGUAACCAUUUGGAUAUGCAAUUGGUGUUUACA